GACCCCCUGUCCUGCUCUCACUCACAACUCCAUCCUCAGAGUGAUCCACCGCCUCACACGACGCUCUUUCACUGGAGCCUGCCUCCCUUGCCUGCGCUAUCUGUCUGUCCGCCUCGCCUGCCUGCGAGAAAAAGUGAUGCUGUCAUAGCCCCUCUGCGCCGCGGACAGAGAGGAGCCUCUUUCCCCUCCCGCACAAACCCCACCACCCUCCCUCCGGUUCUCCUCUGGCCGGCUUGUCGCGGCGGCAGUGCGGAUGUGGAGCCCGCAACGCAGCGCUCUUCACCCGUCGGCAAGCACCGGAGAAGAAGAUGAAAUGUUUUUCCCGUUACCUCCCGUACCUCUUCCGCCCGCCGAGCACCAUCCUGUCCUCCACAUGCCACACCGAAGCUGACAUUAUCUCAACGGUGGAGUUUAACCCAUCGGGGGAGCUGUUGGCCACCGGGGAUAAAGGAGGCAGAGUUGUCGUCUUCCAGCGGGAGCAGGAGAGUAAGAGCCAGCCCCAGCGCAGAGGGGAGUACAAUGUUUACAGCACAUUCCAGAGCCACGAGCCGGAGUUUGACUACCUGAAGAGUUUGGAGAUCGAGGAGAAGAUCAACAAGAUCAAAUGGCUUCCUCAGCAGAACGCCGCCUACUUCUUGCUCUCCACCAAUGACAAGACGGUGAAGCUGUGGAAGAUCAGUGAGAGAGACAAGCGUCCAGAGGGCUACAACCUGAAGGAUGAAGACGGACGGAUCCGAGACCCGUCGACCAUCACCUCGCUACGGGUGCCGGUGCUGCAGCCCAUGGACCUGAUGGUUGAGGCUACAGCGAAGCGUGUGUUCAGCAAUGCCCACACCUACCACAUCAACUCCAUCUCCGUCAACUCCGACUUCCAGACGUACAUCUCCACUGACGACCUCAGGGUCAACCUGUGGAACCUGGAGAUCACUGAUCGCAGCUUCAACAUUGUGGACAUCAAACCAGCCAACAUGGAGGAGCUGACGGAGGUGAUCACCUCAGCCGAGUUUCAUCCCCAGCACUGUCACACCUUUGCCUACAGCAGCAGCAAGGGCUCAAUACGCCUCUGUGACAUGAGACAGGCUGCACUCUGCGACACGCACUGCAAAUACUUUGAGGAGCCGGAGGAUCCUUCCACUCGCUCCUUUUUCUCUGAAAUCAUCUCGUCCAUCUCGGAUGUGAAGUUCAGCCACAACGGGCGCUAUCUGAUGACAAGGGACUACCUCACUGUCAAGGUGUGGGACCUUCAGAUGGAGAACAAGCCACUGGAGACGUACCAGGUUCACGACUAUUUACGGGGCAAACUUUGUUCUCUGUAUGAGAAUGACUGCAUCUUUGACAAGUUUGAGUGUGUCUGGAAUGGAACAGACAGUGUCAUAAUGACGGGUUCCUACAACAAUUUCUUUAGAAUGUUUGACCGGAACACCAAACGUGACGUCACACUGGAAGCGUCCAGAGAAAACAGCAAACCCAGAGCCAUUCUCAAGCCUCGCAAGGUAUGUGUGGGUGGGAAACGUCGUAAGGAUGAGAUCAGCGUGGACAGCUUAGACUUCAGCAAGAAGAUCCUUCACACCACGUGGCACCCGCACGAGAACAUCAUCGCUGUAGCCGCCACAAACAACCUCUACAUCUUCCAAGACAAGGUGAACUAAAGGGCGACCUGCCCCUCUGACCCCUGGCCGCCGCACACGUGAGGAAGGGGGGCUGCAGGGAGAGGUUGGGCUGGAGAAGGAGACAUGAAACCCUUCUCUACAUCCUUCUCCUCCUCUCCCUAUACGUCUUGUUGCUGCUGGUCUUUUAAUUCUUGCCACUCGGCUGAGGACGUGCAGAAUUGAGUAUCCAGUGAGAAAGUGGACAGAAUGGAUUAUGGGAAGUGGAACAAAUUGAUAUGACCUGGAUAAAACUAGUGGAAAAAGAUUCCUUCAAAUCGAGAAUGGACUUUUCAUUCUUCAAACUGAACUGUAAUUUUAUUUAUUUAGCCAUUCGGACACCCGGGGGAGUGAAUCCUGUGUAUUUAUGCAACAAGAGGAUGGCUGCAUGAAUAACAAGAUGUAGCAGCCCUCUGGACCCUGGAGAAAGGGGCUGAUGUGGUCACACUCAACGGAAAAUAGAGCACAUGGACAGAAACCAAGCUUACAUGAUGGUGGCUAACUCUCAUGUAGCAACAGUGCCCCCUCUCUUUCGGUCUGCUCCAGCUGCAGUGCAAGGUGUCGGACAGUGCAACCUGCUGCAGCUCCGACAGAUGAGGUAGAGACUGAGUUUUCCUCUGCCUGUGACACAACACAGUCUUUCGGGCACCGAUUCUGUGUCUCCCUGCUGAGACUGCUGUAGUCUGUAAUGUGAAUGAAGCCUUUCCAGGCCGUGUCAAUCGUUUUAUUUAAUGCUGUUGUUUUAUUUCGAGUCCCUCUCUCAGUCAGUGAGUCUGUUUAGAAGCUGUGGUGCCUUCUUUUGGUAUGUGGGGGUUCAAUGUCGAGGGCGCGGGAGGGGAGGGAGGGGAGGGAACUGAGUACAAGGCAGGAGUGUGAAUGUUUCAAAUGAAAUGUUAACUUAGAGAUGUUUCUUUUGUUUUUUCUUUUCUUUUCUCUCUCAUUCUAUCUCUCUUUACGAAUAAAAAUGAAAAAAAAGAAGAAGCUCCACUGAGGUCCCAAAGUGAAAAAAAGUGCUUGAUCGGCUUUGUGCUUGUGAGUUCAUAGGUGGACGCUGUGAUGUAUAGAAAGUCAUGUUGCUCUCACCACACAGCCGUCAGUCAGAUGUCCGUUAUCAGUUUGCAAGAAACGGGACAACUAUAAAAUUCCUGCUUGAGAAAGAGAAAAGAGUCGCCCAUCUAGUUUAUGUCGAUGGUGCAUAAAAUGAUCUGUAGAUGGUAAAACUAUAAACUUCUCACGUUACAAUAUUAUUGAAGGUUAACUUGUGAUUUCUUUGCAGAACAUAAUCCUGAAGGCCAACUCUUGAUCUUGUUUUUGCAUGUGUAACAUCUGAAUCCGAUGAUGCUGACAGCCUGCGUUUAGAUAUUAGAACAUCUACAGAUCAUCUGAGGCACUAUCAAUAUAUCCCUCGCUUUCUCAAGCCAAUUAAGUUUGUGGCCUUGCUUGUCCACAAGGACGUGAAACAGCAGCAGGUUGUGUUCCAGCAGUCGGUCCUCACUUGUCUCCAAUUUUGUGUUUACGAGCCAGAUCCCAUCGCAGGAAAGCAGUCAAAGGUCUAACUGAACUCUGUGAAAUCAGGGAAUUAUUAAGUGUGAUUCCUUUAAACAGUGAUGUCCUCUAGACAACCUCCUUUGUGACACUUCUAAUUGAAAACAAAAAAAAAACUUUUAUAGCUCAGAAUGUAUUGAAAUGCAAUUAAUUACCAUGCAGUCUUUAUGCUUACUGGACUUUCUUUGAAUAAAAAAAGAAUAAAGAUGUGCAAGUUCAAA